UUUCGUUGUGUUGUGUUAUGCUUAUGUUUAGAGGUUAGCAGGCGCUCGAUUUUAUAUUAUUCUAAUAAUAGUAAAAGUUCAUACUAAUAUUUAUGAAUUAAACACAUAACAAUUCUGGGUGGGUGAAUUGAAAUGGCGAACCGAACCGUCAAAGAUGCCAAAUCAGUGCAUGGAACAAACCCGCAAUAUCUGGUGGAGAAAAUUAUCCGAACACGAAUAUAUGAUUCGAAAUACUGGAAAGAAGAAUGUUUUGCUUUAACCGCGGAGUUAUUAGUAGACAAAGCGAUGGAAUUGAGAUUCAUCGGCGGCGUACACAGCGGCAACAUUAAGCCUACACCAUUUUUAUGUCUCACAUUAAAAAUGCUACAAAUUCAACCAGAGAAGGAUAUUGUAGUUGAGUUCAUAAAGAAUGAAGAAUUCAAAUAUGUUAGAGCCCUUGGCGCAUUUUAUAUGCGACUGACUGGAUCUUCCUUGGAUUGCUACAAAUAUCUUGAACCAUUGUAUAAUGACAAUAGAAAGCUGAGGAGACAAAACAGGCAGGCAAAUUUUGAAGUUAUCCAUGUGGAUGAGUUUAUUGAUGAACUCCUUAGAGAAGAAAGAGUUGCUGAUGUAAUUUUACCACGAAUUCAAAAACGUCAUAUACAUGAAGAGAACAAUGAACUUGAAGCCAAAGUUUCAGCUCUUGAGGACGACCUAGAUGAAGAAAUCGAAUUUGAAGAAGAUAAGCACAAACAAGAGGAGGAAAAACCGAAUAAAAUUGAGAAGGUGAAAAAACGCGAUAGGAGUCGCUCAAGAUCCCGCGAUCGAAAUCGAUCCAGAGAACGUGAGCGCCCCGACAGAACCGAUCGACACAAAGAUAGAAAUCGCGAAAAACGAGACCGAGAGCGCGACAGGGACCGCGACCGCAAACGGGAGGAUCGAGGCGAUCGCAAACGUGAAGAGCGCAGGGAUCGCAACGACCGUGAUCAUCGGGAUCGCAGACAUAACGAACGAGGAGAACGCGAUCGUGAUCGUCGGCGGGAGCGCUAAAAGUGGACAAUGUGUGUUGAUGCCUUCAACGUGGACUUACCUACCUGGCCCGAACAACGUCUUUAUCACAGCGAUUACGUUGAAGCUACUUCUCUUAGGCUAUGUAAUAUGUUAUUCCUCACGUGGUAGGCACGUAAAUGCCCCCAAAUAUUGCCAUUAGUUAAAUGAGAAAUAAUUAAAAUAACAA